GACAGCAACAUCAGAUAAGUGAGACCACUGUGUAGGCAAGCCACCGACACCACAACACUAUCGAGAUCAAGGGGGCCAGUCAGACACUUUCCAUGUGACAGCAGGGGUGGACAGUCCAAGUUCAAGACAAGAAAACAACACAUCAAGAGUGACACAAAGCGACGACGGAGGGAGGUGAGAGAGUACGACUGACAGACUUCAUCAGCCCCCCUCUGCUGAUAUGUGCAUUGAUCUCAUGACGCAUACUCAAAGGAGAGUCCCCUGCUCCAUGUUGUAUAUAUACACCCAGUGAGAGUGAGGUAUCUGUAAAUUAGGUCUUUGGCACCUCUGUGGCAGAGGACUUCCUGCAUCCAACUGUUAAAGGUGACAGCUGUGGACUUUGGAAGUCACAUGUCAAAAGACUGUAAGCUGUACAGUGUCACAGACACCGAUACUGCCUUUGGUGAAGACAAACCAAGAUAAGGCAAAAUCAAACCCAAAUCAGAUAAGGUUACCAUACAAGAAGGAAGUACCUAGAUUAUUCAAAGCCCUCCUGCACUACUUGCGAUUUCAAGCUUCUGUUUGUUGUCAAUCACUUUCCUCUUCCAUGGAGUCGUCACCUUAUCAUUUAGGCCAAGUCAGUGAUAUUUUGCAAGUGGAAAAUGAUCAGGCACCGAAGGGAAACCGUCGCAAAAGGAAGUUCAUACCUGAUGAGAAGAAGGAUGCCCUCUACUGGGAGAAACGCCGCAAGAACAACGAGGCUGCCAAACGGUCACGUGAGAAGAGAAGGAUGAAUGAUUACGUGCUGGAGACUCACCUCAUGGCCCUGAGAGAAGAAAAUAAGAGACUUAGUGCUGAACUAAUGGCCAUCAAGCUGCAAUAUGGCCUGAUGCACCCUGUGGCCUAUACCGCACACCAGAGUAAUCACAUGCAACAUCAUGUCCACAGCAGCACCCAUCCUAUCACUGCCAUGAGCACACACCAUCAGUCCCUGCACAGGGACUACUCCAGGGGUGAUAGAGACUCUUCUUUUAUGCCAAGCCACCAACCAUCACAUCCUCUUUUAGUCCCUGCUUAUGCCCUACAUGCCAUGAGAGGCUACUCAUAUAUUAACUCAGCUGGUACUACUGCCUCUGGCCUCCUCACUCCCCUUAUCCUCCCUCAAAAUUUCCUGCCGACCCAGUCAUCCUGUCUUGGAGUCCCCUUACUGAAGCCCAUUCCUACGAGACCCCCCUCAGAUGAGGAGGAGGAGCAACAGGUCCCGGGGGUGUCGUUCCUCUCUCGCUCUGCUGCACCUCAGAAAAUCCACUCCAGAGGACACAGAAACUAUCCCCCACGAAAAGAAUACAUGUCAGACUGAUAGAGGAGCGUAUCUACUGUACAGUUGUUAGAUUGACUAAGGAACAGUCAUAUCUCAUUAUGUACUGUCAAAUAUCUUUCUGACACUUAAUAUCUGUGAAUUAAUGGUAUAUGCUGUGUUAAAAAAAAACAAUGUUAAAGGGA